AUGGGUGCUGUAAAGAUUGAAGAGGCUUCCAUGAGCAUGAUAAAGACUGACCUCAUUACUCCAGAAAAGCAGAAAGAGGUAAAAAUAGGCAAAAAGUAUAAUGGAAAAUGUCUCAGAAUCAUCUCCAUUGAGUCUUCUACUAAGCUAUAUUGCUGCUAUGUCUAUGCAGUAAUUAUGGCCCUCAUUGUAGCUGUAGUUUCACUUAAAUUUACUUUGUCAUUGAAGAAAAGGAGACCAGUCAUUAAGAGUCCUAGAACUUGCUAUACCACUUGCCCAAGAGACUGGAUUGGAUUUGGAAGUAAAUGCUUUUAUUUUUCUGAAGACAUGAGAAACUGGACAUUCAGCCAGACCUCCUGCAUGGAACUAGAGGCCCAUCUAGCUAUAUUUAACAGCCUGAAGGAGCUGAAUUUCCUGAAGAGGUACAAAGGGCCUUCUGACCACUGGAUUGGCCUGCACAGAAAGUCAUCAGCGCACCCUUGGAUGUGGGCAGACAACACUGAAUAUAACAAUUUGGUACCCACCAGAGGAGAAGGACAAUGUGGCUACCUGAGUGACAUGGGGAUCAGCAGUGCAAGGGACUACACACACAGGAAGUGGAUUUGUAGCAAGUCCAACAGAUGUAUUUAA